AUGGCGUCGACUACGAUCCCCCCGAAUCCUACCUCCCAGACCGUGGCUCAAUUACUACCGAAGCUCCACGAUGCCGACCCAGACUACAGAUUCAUGUCGUUGAAUGAUCUGUUCCAGGUUCUCUCUGCUGGCAAGCCGGAUUUCCUACACCAUGAUUACAACACUGCUGCUCGAGCCGUGGACGGUGUCAUCAAGACGUUGGAUGAUCAGAAUGGCGAGGUGCAGAAUCUGGCAAUUAAAUGUCUUGGCCCUCUGGUCACCAAGAUCCCGGCCAGCAUCCUGCCUCCGCUGAUCGAAAAGCUUUCCAACCUCAGCAUUCAGAACUCGGUCGAUAACUCGGUACCUUCCAUGGCCCUUCGAACCGUCGUUACUACGCUACCUAGACCGAUCAGCGGUGUCGCCCCGACGAAAGAGGUUGCCGAGGCGUAUUUAGCAAUCAGCAGAGUCCUGAUCCCCAGACUUCUCGGCCGAGUUGUCAUCAAUUCAUAUAGAGCCGUCGUGCUUCCUGCCCCACCACGCGGCAUGCUAGAUCUCGAAAAAGAAAUAGACCCAGAAGCAGUCGAUGUAUUAAUUGAGGUUGUGAGAUGCUUCGGCCCUAUGUUACAACAGUCCGAAGUGGAAGCACUCCAGGCACUGCUUGUUUCCAUCUUGGAAAAAGGACGAGCAAGCUCCGUCGUCAAGAAGAGAACAGUAGUAGCGGUAUCUAUCUUGGCCAUUUAUCUUUCAGAUUCUGGGCUGAGUAGAUUCCUCUCUCUAUUGAUUGAGCGCCUUCGCAAUCCUCACGUUACAAUGGUGGAGAGACGUCUCUACAUCACAAUCCUAGGAUCUAUGGCACGAUCAAUCCCAUCAAGAUUUGGUCCCUAUCUCAGAACUCUUUCUCCGUUCGUCCUUGCUGCUCUAAGUGAGCAGGAACUCAACGAUCAGAUCGAAAACUCGGCUGAGGAUGGCGAGCCUGAUCCGGAGACCGACGAUGUUCGCGAGGCUGCUCUUGUGGCGUUAGACGGAUUCCUUGCUUCCUGUGGAAGUGAGAUGCGUGCCUACACCGAGGAGACCAUUGCUGCACUCAUUCGAUUCCUCAGUUACGAUCCAAACUACAAUGAUGAUGAUGACGAUGAAGAGAUGGGUGGUACUCAGGAAGACGACAUGGAUGGCUUUGAUGAAGAUGACGAGUUUGAGGCUGAAGUUGGAUUUGACGACGACGAUGACGACACUAGCUGGAAGGUCCGACGAUGUGCCGCGAAAGCUCUGCACACCCUCAUCUCCACUAGAGGUAGUGGUGAUUUGCUGGAAGAUGGUACCUUGUACGCUCAGGUCGCCCCAGGCUUGGUGCAAAGAUUCAGCGAGCGAGAAGAAAAUGUCCGUCUGGAGGUCAUUGCAACCCUUGCAUCUCUCAUUCAGAAGACUGGAGAAGGCUCUCUGAUCACACUCUCAGCUGACUCGGAGGACUAUCUCAAUCAUCCCCCACAGGGUCGGAAGCGUAGGAGAGAGAGCAGCUCUAUGCAUCCCGACAAGAAGGAAGUCUCAGCUGGCCUUGUAUCACCUACUAUUGAACCUGUUCCGGCCUCCGGUCCUAGAGCAGACCUAGCGAAGCUGAGUCCGGCCUUGGUCAAGGCUACGACGAAGCUCCUGAAAGGUAAUUCCAUUCCGACCAAACAAGCAUUGAUCAAGCUAUUGGACGAUGUUGUCUUGGUCCAGAAUGGUGGUUUAUCCGAGUAUUUUGGCCAAAUUGUAGAUCCUUUGAUUGAUGCUGUGAUGACAACUUCAGGCUCUACCGGAUCUGUCAUUAACAGUGGGGGUGCUUCCUCAGCUACGGCGAAUACCCUGCGAGUUGCCGCCCUUCAUCUGAUAGGUGAUAUUGCAUCUACACACUCUUCAAGUGUGCUACAGCCCUACCUGCCAAAUAUCGUGCCCGGUGUUGUAUCAGCCGCCAACGACAAGUACUACAAAAUCUCCGGCGAAGCCAUUGGCACUGUCGAGGAAUUAGUCAAGGCGCUUACCCCUCCACGAUCGGGUUCGGUGAAUCAGGAACAGCAGUCGGACCUCCAACAACUCUUCAAUGUUAUCCUCAAUCGUGCUUCUGCCAGCGACGCGGAUUUGGAAGUUCGACAGCGCGCAAUCCAAACUCUCGGAAUCCUCGUUGCACGUACAGCCAGCAAGGAAGGCUCAUCAUUGCUCUCAGCUGCUGAUAGAACCGCCGCAUUGGACCUCCUGAACGACCGGCUAAAGAACGAGACCACCCGGCUUGCUGCUGUACGUGCCAUCGACACUAUUGCCGCCUUGACGAGUGACAAGGGUCAGUUACAACCGAAGUGGAUUAGAGAGGUAUCGCUCGACCUUUCUGCUCAGCUUCGAAAGGCCAAUAGAUCCCUCAGAGGUGCCAGUCUUGCGGCUCUGAAGAAUUUGAUUGUUUCCCCAGCUACUAAGGGCGCACUCGAUGCUUCUACCAUUGAAGGUCUGAUGAGCGCCCUUGUACCUCUGCUCACAACUGUAGAUCUCCACCUCCUCGGCCCUGCACUUAUAGUUAUCUCGUAUCUGGUCAAUGAGAAUCCGGAGCUCGUUGUUACUGACCAGCUAAAUGUUGAGCUGUGUAAUCUUUUGAUUACCUCUCUCGGUGGAUCAGUCCUCGGCGCUGUGUUAACACUCGUCAAGAACAUCGGCCAAACGGGCGUCGGUCAGAAAUUGAUGAGUAGGCUCCUGCUCAAUGUCAGCGUCAAUGGCGACCCAGUAAUUAUUGGAAAGGUGAUCGGUACACUUCUCGUAUACGGUGGCCCUGCAAUUGGCGUCAAUAUUGAAAACUUCUUAAGCGAGGCAGUCAACCCGAAUUCUGACGAUUCUCGGCGAUGCUUGGCCCUAGCUGUACUCGGUGAAGCUGGACUACGUAUGGGAACAGAGUCUCCUCUUAAGCCAUCUACCUUCACGGCACAAUUCUCCACUGCGUCCGACAAGGUUCCUCUGGCCGCUGCGGUUGCUCUCGGACGUGCAGGCGCGGGCAAUGUCGCCGUGUAUCUGCCUGAGAUAUUGUCCCUGAUGGAUGAAGGUCAAAGCACUCAGUACUUAGUGUUGCAUUCAAUCAAGGAAAUCCUCCAACAGGCUAACAGUAGCUUGGUGGAUAUCAGCAGUUAUACCAAGUCGAUCUGGGACCGUUUGCUGCAGGCAUCUCAAUCUGAGGACAACAAGGCUGUCGGAGCAGAGUGCAUUGGACGAGUUGCUAUUGUUGACCCGAAGAUCUACAUGCCCGAUUUGAAGAAAUACCUCAACGACAACAAUCCCUUGAUCCGGGCAGUGGCGAUUCAAGCCAUUAGAUACACUUUGCCAGAGAGUGACGAGACUUUCGACACUGUCCUCAAAUCUGUCCUCGUUGACAUGCUCAAUAUCAUGCUUCACGACAAGGAGUUAGAAAAUCGUCGUCUGGCUCUUACCACACUCAACUCGGCCGCCCACAAUAAGCCUGGUUUGAUCAUCCCAAAUCUCAGUGUCCUCUUGCCACUUGUCUUGAAUGAGACGUUCAUCAACCAAGCCUUGAUUCGAGAAGUAGCCAUGGGUCCGUUCAAGCACAAGAUUGACGAUGGUCUUGAAGUUCGAAAGAGCGCCUACGAGACCCUGUACUCUCUCAUGGAGACUGCCUUCACUCGCCUCAAGACUGUCGACUUCUACGAUCGAAUAAUCGCUGGUAUUCUAGACGAGCACGACAUCCGCUCCCUCUGCAACCUCAUGCUCGCUAAGCUCAUCGUCCUCGACCCCGAAGAGACAGGCCACCGCCUAGACUCCAUCGCGACUAAUUUCCGGACCGUUAUCUCCAUCAAGCUCAAGGACAACGCCGUUAGACAAGAGAUAGAGAAGCAAGAUGAAGCCAUUAAGAGCUGUCUGCGUGUCUCAGCAAUCCUUCAGGCUUCGAUCCCCGGCGCCAGCACCGGUAUCGGUGCCAAUCUUGGGCAGCAUCAGAUCUGGCGUACAUACUGGGAGUGGGUCGAGAAACUCUACGAGCCCAUUUUGAAGUCUAUGCGCGAGGAGGGCAAGGAUUCUGUUUAUUGA